AUGCACCCCCAGUCCAAACCCCCCGCCGGCCCCAUGCCCCCCGACCAAGCCCCGGCACGAUCCCGCGACCGCGCGGGCCCGCGCGCGCCCCCCCCCCCCGGCCCCCCGCCCCCCCCCCCCCCCCCCCCCCCGCCACUCGGCUGGCCUGGUGUGUGGGGAGGGGGGGGGGGGGGGAGGGGGGGGGGGGGGCGCGCACCCCCACCGGCCGCCACCCGCCCCCGGGGGGGCGCCGGGGCGGCGCGGGGCGGGGCGGGGGGGAACGGGGGGGGCAGGGGGGGCAGCGCGGAGGCGGGGGCCCCCGGCGCCCCCCCCCGACGCGAGGGCGAAGGGCAGACCCCCCCCCCCCUGCCCGGCUUUGUUUGUCCGGGCCCGCACCCCAAAAAAAAACCCCCCUAG